AUGACACUUGAUGAAUUGAAGUUACAAUUAAUUGUUAAAUCUCUACAUGAAUUAGGUUGUGACCAACUAGCAACUGAAUUAAUAUCUCAACUCAAAAAGAAUAAUUCAUUGAAUGAACAACCUGGAGAUGAAUUGCACAAUUGGAUUUUAGAACAACUACGAAUAAGAAAUUAUACUGAAUUGGAUAAUUACUUUCGUAGUUUAAUAAAUGAUAAGAAUGGGUUAAAUCAAGUCGCCAAAACUAUCAACUAUCAAGGAGAUAAUAUGGGUUCAAUUUUAUCAAUAUUGUUAUAUUUAAUUAGAAGAGCAAAUUAUCUUGAUGUAAUUAAACUGCUGGAUGGUUUAACUGAAAAUGAGAAAUUGAAUUAUGUCACCAAGGAAUUGUUACCAUUAUUAGAUUGUGUUGGCAUCGACGAUAGCAAGAUGGAAGAUAUUGGUAGUGUUAUAGAUGUACGAAUCUUGCAACUAUUAUCUAAAGAAAAGGAAUCGAAAUUGUUAUUAGACAAUACUUGUACGAUUGACGAGUAUUUUUUCGAAUUACCAAUGGAUACUAUUUAUUCAUUGAAUCAAUUUAUAUUUCAUAAAUUGUUUAAUGGUACCAUUUUCAAUCUUCUAACUACAGAUUCAUUAGCCAACACCCCUGACCUAGCAACCAUAAUUCAACAGGCGGCCAAAUAUCAACAAUCUCAAUCACCAUUUUAUUUGCCACCAAGAACGAAACAAGAACGGAAAAAAGCUUCCUUACCACUUCCUCUGAAACGAUUUCAUGAUAAUUUUAAUGGUAAUACUACCACUUUAUUGCAUACUCUUACUUAUCAUAAAGAUGAAGUUUGGUUUGUUAAGUUCUCCCCUUCAGGAAAAUUUUUGGUAACUGGUUCAUUAGAUGGAAGAUUGGUGUUGUAUGAUGUAUUGAAUAAUUUCCAGUUGAUUAAAAUUUUGGAACCAACUAUGGCGGCAGACAAUUCUGCGUUUAGUCCAAUAUCAACUAGACCAACUCUGAGCAAGAAUAAUAAGGCAGUUAUCUAUUGCUGUUGGGAUCCUAAGGAACAGUAUAUUGUCAGCUGUUGUUUAGAUACGGUGAUUCGUGUUUGGUCAGUUGGGGAUAUUCAUAAAAGAAGAAUCACUAGAAGUGAAACCAAUACUAUAACUGAUUACAAAUUAAUCACUUGCUUUACUUUGGCCCCUGAUAUUAAAACUUGGACUUGUGAAUUUUUGCCAGAAAAUAGAAAAUUAUCCAGCGAUUUAAGUAGACAGUCAGAUUCUCCUCAAUUUAUUGUGGGAUCGCCUGACAAAGUUUUAAAAAUAUUUGAUUGUAAUGGUAUUGAAUUAUUUGAUUUUUAUGGCAAUAUAGAAGAUGAAGAUGAACGUGAAAAUGAACAAAGUUCCCAGAACCAAGCUGCUGACACUUCAUUGAAGCCGAGCUUGCAACAACAACUGCUGCUGCUUGCAUCCUCAACAACUUCACAAACACAUGAUGAGAGUACCACUGCUACUGAAGAAGCAAAUAAACGUGAUGACAUUUCAAUGAAAGAUACAGAUGAAUCGUCAUCGCCCAAAGUCCGAACAUAUAAAACCAGUCUCGAAAGCAAUUUCAAUCGAAUCAAUGAUUUAGUAAUCACCAAUAAUGGAAAGAUUUUAAUAACUUUGAAUGAUCAUCAAUUACAUUUUUAUACCAUUCCUGAUACUUUAGGUGAAGAAGCGACUACCCGUCGUAUCUGUAAUAUUCAUUUCAAAGGACGUCUUACAUCUUGUUCAAUAUCUCAUAAUGGGAAAUAUUUAUUAAUAAGUUCAGCUCCAGAAGAAUUGCAAGUAUGGGACUUAUCACCAUUACUAGCUAAUGAAAGUAAUCGACCAAUCUUGUAUCGUAAAUAUCUUGGCCAUACUCAAAGUUCUUAUAUUGUUCGAUCAACAUUAGGAUAUUUGAAUGAAGACAAUGAUCAAGAAGAAUUGGUGUUAACAGGAAGUGAUCAUGGAUAUAUUUAUUUUUGGAAGUUUACUACUGGCCAAUUGAUUACGAGAAUUAAAGGCCAUGUGGGGUUAUGCAAUGGAGUGGAUUGGAAUAGAAAUGGAAUGGUUAUUAAAGGAAAAGAUUAUGGGAAAAUUUGGGCUAGUGUUGGCGAUGAUAAAUUAGUGAAAAUUUGGGGUUCCAAAUAA